AUGUUUGUGGCACAUCACACAUCACUACAACGACAUCAACCUACUAAAUGGAUAAUUCGCGAUGCGAAUAAAGCUAAAGAUGUACUUAAUAACUACGACACUGCUUCUCGGGCAAAGUCAAAUCAGAGAUUGCAUUUUACCUUUGGAAUUUCAAAUCCCUUUACCAAUCCAGAUGAUAAGUAUCGUCAUGAAUUCCGUAAAGUUAUUACUAAAUCCAUCAAUUUUGAUGAUAAAGAGUGGCAAAAUAUUAAAGACAUUGUUCUAAAAACCGUAAACGAUUAUACUCAUUUGGAAACGAGUCAAGAUAGUGUCGUUGUCGAAAUUGUUCCAUGGAUUCAGCAAAUAGCGUUAAAUAAUGUUGUUCUCCGUGGACGAAAAUUUGAAAUUCAUACUGGAAACAAAAUUUGUCUGCUCAAAGAUCUCUUCAAUAGGGAAGCAUCGUCAAGAUCUCAACAAGAAAAGCAAAAUGAGACCCGGUUCCAUAAUCCUUCAGGCGAUGACUUAGUAAAUUCUCUCAAUGUUAAUAUUCCCGCGUAUGAAACAAUGUGGAGGGUUGUUCUUUACGCUAUUUUGGAGAUCAAGAUACGCCCCUUAUUGAGAAACAAAGAAACCACUGAAGGGAUUUAUAAUACCAACUUUGAAAUCUCGGUCUCAAGGUUACCGUCGAUGUGGAGGCAAUUCUCUUGUUUAAAGCCUAAGCGAAUUCCACGAAAAGCCGACCUAAAGAACACUGUUAACGCCUUGAAAAUGAGCGCUUUUCCGCACCAGCUAAUCUAUCAGCCGAACAAUUCCUCAAAUGGCCCUGUUUCACCAGUACAUUCACCCACACAUACACCGUCACCACCGACGACGUCUCCUGGACAAACUUCUCCGUCUAUUAACUAUCCUAUUUCACAUGGUGUUCCUGCAAUUUAUGGUGGUGGUAACCUGCCCCUAUUUUCCUUUCAAACUAAAUUACCACAUAAAAUGCAACCACCUUUAAGCCAUGCGUUUGGCCCACACCCGAUCCUGAAUCAAAAUUCUGGUCCUCCUGGUCAAUCGUUAAUGCAACAAACAAGUAUGACGGUUUCUCAACCUCAGUUAAACAUUGCUUUGUCUACUUCUGUUACAAAUCCUUUGUCUGUAAGUUCAGCACAUUGGCAACAACAGCUUAAUUACGCUCAGUUGUCUCGUCAAUCGGCUUCACCUCACCACCAUGCUCGUCAAGCCGCUGUCGCUGCUCGUAGCAGCCUUGGUAGUUCAGCUAUUGCUAUAACCGAUCCAAAUAAUCCAAACAAAGCACCUUUAAAUGGUAUUCAUUCAAAAAAAGAGAAUGGUGAGAAACUUGAUCAACCAUUUCAGCAAUGGAUGACGAUUGAUCUGGGUGGAAUGGGACUUAAAAACAUUAGCAAAGAAUUAUUUCGAUACCAUUUUCUUACAACACUUUACAUAAGCCACAAUAAUUUGACUUAUGUAUCUCCGGAAGUUUCGAAACUAAGAUGCCUUACUAUACUGGAUAUGUCAGGCAAUAAAUUAUCAGUUCUUCCAUCGGAAUUGGGCAUGUUAACGAAUCUCAAGGAAUUACUUUUGUUUGACAAUAUGCUUGUAACCCUACCUUUUGAGUUAGGUACUCUUUACCAAUUGGAAACACUUGGAUUAGAGGGAAAUCCAAUAAAUGAAACUAUAAAAUCCAUUUUGCAAAAGGAUGGUACGUCUGCCGUUAUACAUUUUUUGCGGGAUAAUUGUCAAGUUCCACCACAACCAAUGGAACGGGAUUGGAUAAUGUUGGAGAAUGAAGCUGGUGGAGAUCGUGAUACCUUCACACUCCUUUGCUAUAAUAUCCUAUGUGAUAAAUAUGCAACCACUCAGUUAUAUGGGUACACUCCUUCAUGGGCACUUCAAUGGGAUUAUCGAAAGGAAUUAAUUAAGCAUGAGGUAUUAUCAUAUAAUGCUGAUAUCGUUUGCCUCCAGGAGGUUGAUACAUCUCAAUAUGACGAAUAUUUUAAAGAUUCAUUCAACGAGCUUGGAGAUUAUGACAGCGUAUAUUGGCCAAAGUCUCGAGCAAAGACAAUGGCUGAUUGGGAAAGAAAAUCGGUGGAUGGAUGUGCGACAUUUUACAAGAAUUCAAAGUAUAAAUUAAUUGACAAACAAUUAAUAGAAUUUAAUCAAGUUGCGCUACAAAGAUCAGAUUUUAAGAAAACUGAAGAUAUGUUCAAUCGUGUCAUAACAAAAGACAAUAUUGCAGUAAUAACAUUGCUUGAAAAUAGAGAGACCUUGUCUCGCGUUAUUGUAGCUAAUUGUCACAUUCAUUGGGAUCCAUCUUAUGCAGAUGUCAAACUUGUUCAAGUUGCAAUGUUGAUGGAUGAAUUAGAUAAGCUUGGGCAAAAAUGGUGUACCAUACCUAAUCAUUCCUUGUAUAAUUAUUCUUCGCCACAAAAGAUAUCAACAAUUAUUUGUGGUGAUUUUAAUUCAACUCCGGAUUCUGGUGUAUACGAGUUUCUUACUCGCGGUUCCAUACGGCAAGAUCAUAAUGAUUUUGGUAAUCAUAUUUAUGGUUCAUAUACUUCUGAUGGGUUAUCUCACAAGUUAUCUCUCAAGUCUUCUUAUUCAAAUAUUGAAGAACUUCCAUUUACCAAUUUCACCCCAAGUUUCACUGGUGUAAUUGAUUAUAUUUGGUAUAGUACAAAUACCUUGAGUGUUACUGGAUUAUUGGGAGGUGUAGACAAAGAGUAUUUGUCUAAGAUGGUUGGAUUCCCAAAUGCGCAUUUUCCUUCCGAUCACGUUGUAAUCUUGGCCGAAUUCCGAGUUAAACCUCCACAGACGAUACAACCACCGCCUCAAUUUGGAAUACCUAGUAGCAAUUCACGGCGAUUAAACAGUCAAAGAAAGUAA